CCGCAUCCAAACUAUAGAAAUGGAUCGGUGGAUAAUGAUAGGCGAGACUCGACACCGACCAUUGCCUUGCUUUUGCACAUUUUGGGUUUUUACGUGGCGUAAAAGAUGAUGUGUGUCCCAUCUUUAAUUUUCUAAUAAUUAAGCAUAUGGCGAGCUAGCAGGAUAUGACGAAACAAUACAACAAUUAAUCGCUCGAAGAGUCCCCAACCUCCAAAUUAAGUAUGAACUAAUGCAGUGGCUUAGGAUAGGGUGAGUAAUUAUUGAUUACUAACUUAUGAGUAAUUAAAUUUGGACCUUUACAUUUAAGUGGACCCAGAAAAUUCUGAUCUAAGGGUUGUCAAUUAAAAACAUUUUAUUUUCACUAGUUUUCAUAAUCGGCUCAUAUCUUCUUCGUUUUAACUCGGAUUUCAAUUUUUUUUUUGCACACAUGGAACGAGUUCGUUGUGCUCUACAAAAUGAGAUAAUUUUCAAUAUAUUUCGAGAAACCUUUUUUUACCAACUACAUAUCAUAUGGUAACUUCUUCGUUUUUUAGUCGUUUUUGAAAACGUUUGCUCAGAAGGAACGAGUUUAUCAUGAUCUAUUGGAUCUACAAAUUUAUGGGUGAAAAAAGGGAUUUUUCCAGAAAUAGCACCUUUAAAAAAAAUUACAAAAAUAGCACCCAUCCGUAAAAAUUUACACUAAUAGCACCCUUUUUAAUAGAACGCACCUUGUAGAUGCGUUUUAUAUUUAAAUCGCACCCUAAGGGUGCGUUUUACAAAUAGAUCGCACUGGUAAGGUGCGUUCCAAUUAUCUGGACUCAAAUCGCACUUUAGCCAAGCGAUUUACGUCUGACCUACUGAAAUCGCAUGGCCGAGGUGCGAUUUUAGGUCUGACCUAUUAAAAUCGCAUCAUAAAGGUGCGAUUUGUUUCUGCCAAACAAAAUCGCACCAUGAGGAUGCGAUUUUGCCAUACAAACCGCACCUUGAAGGUGCGGUUUUGGUCAAUCAAUUUCCGACAUGCCAUGCAGACGUAACAGACGUGGGUCUGCAUGGGCCUGCAUGGCAGACGAAAAUCGCACCUCUAAGGUGCGGUUUUCAUCAGUGAUUUUGCCUAUAAAAGGCCUCCCGGACAACCACUUCUCUUCACACCUCUCCUUCUCCCUUCCCUUUUCAAUUUUCUGUUGUAGCUCUAUAUUUCUUUAGUAGUUUUGCGAUUAACGUUAACUCGUAAGUUGAUUUAGUAUUACUUUUUAUUGUUAUUUUUUAUUUUUGAUUUUUAUGAUAUUAACUGAACUACGGUUUUAUCGCAGAUGGCAUUCCAAAAGUUCACGCUUGGCUUACGGUGGAAUGGUUACACGGAAGAGACCGGAAAGGGUGCCACCUACGUAGGUGGCAAUUUUCAGAAGAUAAAGGUCGCUACCAGACCGCUGCUUGAAGACCUCCAUCAAAUGUGCACUAACGUUACUUGCAUGGAUGGCACGAGAAGAGUUGAUCGUAUGGUGUACCGAUAUCCAAACAGAGAAAGUGGGUCAUUGUGGCAUGAGGAAUAUCUCAUAACCACUCAGGAUGAGGUAGACGCCAUGCUCGAAUUCAUGAGGUCCAACAAUCUUUCCAAAGCCGAGAUGUUCGUUUACACCGAGCCGGUCGUAGGCGUUGGAGGUCAUUCUGGACACGGUCAAACAUCUGGUAUCCAUGGUGGAGGUGAAUUAUAUGGCGAUCAUCCCUACCAAAGUUACCAUGAUUCUCAUUCAUAUUUUCAGUACCAAGAGCAAGGUGAAGGUCAUCAUCAAUCAUAUGAAGAAGAAGUUCAACCGGACCGGCCCAACCAACCUCAGUACAACUUCCUCUCAGGCAGCGGUAGUUUUCACAACUAUCAUUAUGGAGCUGAUGAAGGUGCCUUACAUGAGCUGGAUCAGAUGGAGGAUGUCAUGCCAGCACCAGUCAGUGACCCCUCCGAUGAAGAAGGAGAGAACAACGUCAGUGCAGACAACUCCGACCCUCUUGAAGGUGCCGAUGAUUCAGGACCAGAGUCAGACUCAGCUAAUGAUGAUGAGGGGGCUCGUGACCGUGUACCAGUCCCCUACUACAAUCACAUUCCAGACGACAAUUGGAUGGUCGACAGCGACAUGGAGCCGCCAGAGGUCCCAAUAUGGGGUCCACUCACUGGGUUUAUGAAGGGCCAACAAUUUGGCUCGAAGAAGGAGGUGCGUCACGCCAUUGAGACAGAAGCAAUGACCCGGCAUUUUGAAUGGCACACAACUCAUUCCAACACUAAAAGGCUCAUAGUCAGAUGUCGUAAUCAUCACGAGGGGUGCAAUGUUAGGAUUCGGGCCAUCAACAGCAAGAGACACGGCCACUGGGUCAUAUCUCGUGCGGUGAACACACACACAUGUGUGUCAUCCAUAACUUCCCAAGGCCAUCGACAGUUGAAAUCCAGGGUGGUUGCUGCGGCUAUCAAGCAUCUAAUUGAGCAAGAGCCGGACCUAAAGGUGAAAGUCAUAAUCGCUGACAUUGCAAGUCAAUAUUUUAAAGAGAAACAUACAUAUUCAAUUGUUUGAAAUUAAUAAAAUUCCUUUUGUACACAUCAAAAUAAAUCGUAAGGGUUGUUUGGUAAAUUAUUUAAUCGUGUUGGUUGUUUUAAAUAAUUUAAUCGAAUACAAAGCAACACUCGUUAGACUCUUAGAAGAGGUAUACAUCUUCUUAGAAACACAGUCUUGUUGACAGAAAAAGGGGGGAUCUGAGGAUCUCUUAAUACCCGAUUUUCCCAGGGAAUGAGAGAAUAUGAUAAUCGCUUAAAACCCCAUUUCCUUAGACGUGCAUCUCUUUAUAACGAGUCGAAGUAAGUGGCGCUAUGUAUUCGAUUAAAUUAUUGAAAACAACCAACACGAUUAAAAAUUCAACAUAAAUUUAUUUUAUAUUCCACUAAAUACAUUAACAAAAUAAAAGAAGGACAAAUGGUAAAGAAUUGUAUGUACCGGGUGAGCGUUCCAAACAUCCCUUGACCGAUGGUUGGGUUGGUCGUACAAGUCGGUUGGAUCCAUCGGUCCUUGCUCGAGAUAAUACCGUUGGUUGUAAAUAUCCACGUCCUCCCCAACCUACGAGAAAAUAACAACGAGGUUAGUACAUAGAUUAAUUAAAAAGCUUAUAACAACAACAAAAAUUAAACCCGAAUAAUGAGUACGUACCGCUUGAAAUUCAUCAACAAAAACUCCUUCUCCUUACCACCAAUCGGCCAUUUUUUCGGCGCAAUUCGGACAAAGCUUCGGCUCGGCUCGGCUCGGCGGGUUUUGAGGAAAAAACCUAAGAAAUGUUUUCUGGUGGCAGAUCGGACUUAGCCGCAACCAACAGACCACUAUUUACUAGGCUUUUGGGAGGGGGAGGGUUUAGAGAGAUAAAUUGUAGAGAGAGAAGGAAGAAUGGGUUGUGGUGUGAAGAAAUGAGAGGGGAAGGGGGGGUAUUUAUACCCAUCAGAUCGCACCCUCCAGGGGCGAUCGGAUAAUUUUGCCCUCGCGCGGAUCGCACUCUUCCAAUGAGAAUUGCGCUUCCCUAGGCGCGGAUUGCUCCCUUCCGAUGCGAUUUGUGCUUCCUUGGGCGUGGAUUGCUCCGCUGGCAAGCGAUCUGGGAUCCUCGGCGCUGAUCGCUCCGCUGGCAUGCGCUGAGCCGCCCGAUCGUCCCUCCAUCCAACGAUCUUGAAGAUCGUUCCGCGUCCUCCCCAAAUCGCACUAACGUAUUGCGAUUUGUUUUAUGGAUUGCACCCCUCUGAUGCGUUUUAUAUGUAGACCGCAUCUUUUCGGUGCGUUUUACAUAUAAAACGCAUCUUAGGGGUGCGUUCCAAAAAAAUUGGUGCUAGUUUUGUAAAUUUUUUUAUAUAGGUGCUAUUUUUGUAAUUUUUUUUUAAAGGUGCUAUUAUUGGAAAAAUCCCAAAAAAAUAUUGGACAAAAAAUUACCAUACUUUACCACUAUGGUAUGUGUGUGGUAACUUAUGGUAAACAUUGAUGAAAGUCGUAAAUGACAGUCAGUAUACUCCUACUAUCAUGUAUUCAACCUUCUUACCAUAUUGGUAUGUUCAUAACGUCAUUGUACGUUUUCUUACCAUAUGGUAUUAAAUAUGAGCAUACCAUAUGGUAAUGACUGGUAAAAAAUAUUCAAUUUUUUGUACUAAAAGUAUAUCAAAGUGGGUGUCAUUUUAAAGAGCACAUUUAAUCUGAUUUAUCUGUGCAAAAGAAUUUAAAUUUCGACUUAAAACGAGAGACAAAUCGUCCGUUAAAGAUUAAAAGGGAAAAUAUAAAAGAUUUUUCAGGAGAGAGGAGAUGCUGAUAUCAUGCGGAUGUGGACAGGUUACUGAUGAUUACUCACCAUAAGAGUUACUCACCUGAUCUACUCUCACUAAUGCAGAGUUGAACGCGUUGGAUUUUCAUUGCCUAAAAAAUGUUUGAGAUGUUGAGACUUAAUCAAUUAAGGGUUGUGAAACUUAAAGUGUAGUUAUUGUUGGUGGUGAAUAUGUAUGAAAGUUAUAAGUGAAGUCUCAAAAUAUUUUAUAAAGUUUUAUAAAAGGC